AUGGCUAGACAACAUGGGGCGUGGAUUGUUGUGGACCUUGUUGGGUUUUUCAAUGUUGACCAUGUCCUUCUAUACGGCGACCAAUGCAAAUGCCAUCUUCACAACUCAAACAAAUUCAUUGUGGGCCUAAACAAAACAUUCGACCCCUUGGCUAAGAAGGUAAGGGGUAAGUACAAAAUCUGUGGCACCUAUAGACAGCAAGUACUUUGUACUGGCCAGCCAGUGCGGGCAGAUUGUACCAAUGUAGUUGUUGGAGGUAGGACAAAUUUUCGGCUGUACCUGGCAAAGUUUGUGGUUGUCCAACGACAGGAGGUUCAUUCAGUAGGGGGGCUAUUGAGGUUCAGGGAGAUUGAGGUUUAUUCGGACAUCAGUACUAAACUCCAGUACAUAGGCUGCUACGAAAAGUUCAAAUCUUCCAUUCAAUUCAGCGUACUAACACAUCAGCAAUGCGUUAACCAAUGCUUGUUAAUAAACAAUGAUGGAAGUUUCAAUUUUGCUUUAAGAUAUUCAGACGAUGAAUUAGUAUGCCACUGCGGUCAAAUGGCAAGCGAUAGAAUACCUUCAACUUACUGCAGCCACAUCUGUCCGGACGAGAGGUUCACUUGUGGCGGGAAACUGUUUUAUUCAGUAUAUUCAAGUUCCGUCUCAUUCCAGUCCUUUGUCGGUUGUUUCAGAGACGAGAUGGUUGAAAAAACUGCCCAUCAUGUCAUCUCCGAUAACAACAACAUAACCAGCAGAAACAACGCCCGAUUACGCCAUUCAAUUUAUAGCAGUUGUCUGAACUUCUGUGGUAAACAUAACGCAAAAUACUUUGCCAUCAAGGCAGCACACACGUGCAUUUGCACAGACGCUCUACACCUAAAAGAGCUGCUACCUUACCAAGAAUGCAAUCAAAGAUGUCCCGAUUAUGACAGGAACAAAGGCGAUGACGUCACUAAUAAUAAUAAUUAUUAUUAUUAUGAAAAAAGCUGUGGGUUUUCCCGAGGUUACAGCCUUUAUACCGUGAGAGAUUCAAAGCACAUGGACUCUAGAUUGAAAUAUAACUUUUGUGUGAAUACCGACAAACUUUCCUACCUCAAAUGUGUGCCCGGUCGUUGCGAAGUUGGCUGGAAAGGGAUCUUGUGUGACAUAAGAGAUUGUUCCCAAUCCCUCGGAGCGUGUCCAGCAGCAAUGAGGUGCAUCAACUUUUUCGUAGGAGGGGUUGAAUUUGGAGAGUGCCUGCCAAGGCUUGAUGAAUUUUCAGAAGCCAACGAUAUUUUAAACAACGACAACGGUGACGCCACCGACAUCAACAACGACAAUGAUGACGUCACCGACAUCAACAACGACGUCAUCAGCAACGACAAUGUCGCCGGCAGAAACGGCAACAGCAUCAAGAGCAACAAAAAUUACGUCAUCGACAAAGACAUCUCAAAUAGAGUCAACCAUAUCAGCAACAAACAACAUGACGUCAUUCACCACAGCAGCGACAACAACCACAGCCAACAUAACAACAGCAGCUGGGUAAGACAAUCCACUGAGGCAGCUUUUACAGCGACGAUCGUCUGCGCUGUGGUCAUCUUUUUCGUCAUCCCGGUUGGCGCACUCUUAAAAAUAAUGUUUCUAGGGAGGAGAAAACCGAACGGCAGGAAACCAAAGAAAAAAAAGGGAGACAGAGUUGACGACAAGCUAGAUAAAACAACGCGAAAAGUUAAAUUAACUCAGAAGAAGGCGAGUGAUUUGGCGGCAAAAUUAUUUAAAAAUAAGAAAGAAAGAAUGAUAAUACUAAUAAUCUGA